GGCAUUCCCUCGCUGCUGCAUCGGCUGAAACAGAGCAUAGCUUCCGCAAAGGAGUUCGGCACCUUUCUCAAGAAACGAGCCGGUCUGGAAGAGGACAGCGCUCAGACGCUCAAGAAGCUGGCGCGCGCCACCCAGGAUAACAUACGACGACCCGAACACCGCGGAGGCACAUUCGUCCACGUCUACGAGGAGAUGGUACACAUCCACGAACGCAUGGCUGAUAACGGCAUCCAGUUUGCGGCCACGCUCCUUCAAAUGAACGAAGAGCUCCUUGAGGCCGCCGGAACUGCCGAGCGCAACCGCAAGGUCUGGAAGGCCAACGGCCUGGCCGCGGAGCAAAAGGUCGUCGAUCUCGAGGCCGCCAUGCGCAAGAGCAAGGCGAAAUACGACUCGCUCGCUGAAGAGUACGAUCGCGCCAGAACGGGCGAAAGUAGGCCUGGCGGCGGCAAGGUCUUGGGUGCAUUCAAGGCGCACAAGUCGGCGGCGCAACAAGAAGAGGAGCUUCUGAAGAAGGUCCAGGCAGCAGAUCAGAUCUAUCACAGCGCCGUCACCAGUCUGCAGGCUGAGAAGGCCCAGCUCCAGACCACAACUCGUCCCGAGAUUGUCAAGUCGUUGCAAGAGGCUAUCCGCGAGAUCGACUCUGCCGUGGGGCUGCAGAUGCAAAGGUUUGCUCUGAAUAAUGAGAACCUGUUGCUCGGCAAUGGCCUUGUCAUCAGUCCCUUCAGAAACUCAGCGACGAUUGGCCCCAACCAGCCCCGAAGCAUGAGAUAUGCCAUUGCAUCCAUCAAUAUUGACAAGGAUCUCGAUGAGUUUGUCGCGACUUACCAUUCCAAGGUCCAGCCAAACCCGGGCGAGGUCAAAUACGAACGUAAUCCGGUACUCGGUCCUCAGCCCAGCGCCAUGGGUCACUCAGCUCUGCCCUCUGCGCCUCAUGCUUCCAAGCCUUCUGUCAGUCAGGCCCCUCAGGGCGGAUACCAACAAAACCCGCAGUCGUUUUCGGUUAACUCGAGGAUGAGUGGUGGCAAUAACCUCCCCAGCCCGCCGGCAGGCGCCCCAGCUUCUCAGGGGCCACCCGGAUCGAUAGGACAAGGGGCUGCUUCUACUCCCACCAGUGCCGAGCCACUCAAGUCGCUCCAUCAGCCCGACCACAGCCGAAGCUUCAGCCAGGGCAAUAUGCUAAACUCUCCCAUGAGCCCUCAAACGCAGCCAUACGGCACAGCAGGCUCCAGGUUUGCCGGCGGCGGCCCUACCACCACCGGCCCGCCCCAGCUCGGAGCGCUUCCGUUCCAGGACAGCGAAGGUCCAUCAACCAAGAGUGCUUCACCUCCCCAGCUGGGACUUCCCUACCAGCCUCCCGGGCCAAGCGCUCCGCCGGCAUACAGCGCCCCCAAUCACGGUCCACCAGCCCUGGGUGUCUCUACCGGCUCCAAGCCCGUCUUUGGUGUCCACCUCAGUCGCCUUUAUGAGCGGGACGGCCUCGCUGUUCCCAUGGUCGUGUAUCAGUGUAUCCAGGCCGUUGACCUGUUUGGCCUUGGGGUAGAAGGAAUUUACCGCCAGUCUGGCUCAUUGAACCACAUCAACAGACUGAAAGCCAUGUUCGAUUCGGAAUCUCAGUCACAAGCCCUUGAUUUCAGGAACCCGGAAAACUUCUUUCACGACGUCAACAGUGUUACGGGCCUGUUGAAGCAGUUCUUCCGGGACCUGCCCGACCCGCUGUUCACGUCAGAACACCACAGCAGCUUCAUAAACGCAGCAAAGCACGAGGACGAGAUUGUUCGCCGAGACUCCCUCCACGCCAUCAUCAACAGCCUGCCCGAUCCCAACUACGCCACCCUGCGUGCCUUGAUGCUGCAUCUGCACCGUGUCAUCGACAACUCUCACGUCAACCGUAUGAACUCUCACAACUUGGCCGUCAUCCUCGGGCCCACCCUCAUGGGCACCGACCCAAGCACUGCCAUUACAGAUGCUGGUUGGCAGAUCAAAGUCAUUGACACUAUCCUGGUCAAUACUUACCAGAUCUUUGAUGAGGAUUGA